GCUGAUCCAGACGUCCUCCGUCGCUUCUACCAGCUCGUGAUCGCGCACGUCGUGCGCUUGUCUGGCAGCCUCGCCGAAUUCUUCGAACCUGCAAUGAUGGGGAAGACGUGGUCGGCAGAUGCGCUAGCUACGACCGUCAAGCAGCCCCUCGCGGCAUUGUCGAACAUGAAGGUGUUUGUUGACAUCCAGGAGAAUGGUCCCGAUGGAGGCCGGUCAGACCUCCGCGUACUUCGACUGCUGAAGAUCACCAGUGAGAUUCCGAGGGAAGCCCUUGCCCCUGACUACGAGAGCAACGACCUCAGCGUGAUGGAGGACCUCGCCAACAACCUUGCGAGCACGGCGCCCAUUCGCACCGGCGCCGAGUUGCACGAGCAUUGCCAAGGCAUGGGCUUAGACACUACAGUCUUGGAGAAGGUCGCACACGUUGGCAUGUCCCGGUUGAAGGAGCACGAGACGAAGAGCCUCGCGCCCAAGUACGAGCAGGUAGCGUCCACCAUCUUGCAGGACAAGGCAUACUGGAGCGAUUGGAAGGCAUCGUCUGAACCUGAGGGCGGGUCGAAGUUCUUCGCUGACCACGAUGACAAACUUAUCCCUGCGGUUGCGACCCUUCGCGAGACGUGCAAGGAGGGCAUCGUCCGCGGCCACGUGCUGAUCAACGACAUUGCGACCAUGCUGACCGCUCUGGGGAAGCACAACGUCGCCUGCGGCCUGCGCGUCUACUGGGCCGUCUCUGUCAUUCGCUACAGCUUCGCCUCGGUCGCCAAGCACCUCAAUGGGUUUGAUUUUUCAGCCGGGGACCUGAUGUCGGACACGUUCGUGGCGUCGUGGAACGAGUUGGCUCGCCAGGUUGUUGAGUUGGAUCGGUUGAUUGCUUCUCCGAGCGUGGACGCUGCGAUCUCGGAGAUGGGGGCCUUGGGGGAGCACGGCCUGCCCGCCGUCCCGACCGGUCUCAUGCGCUCUGAGCUGGACGUUGCGAGCAGCCGCAGCAAGGAAUUGUUGACCUUGGUGACUGGCCGCCUUUCCUCGCAGAUCCACCGCGAAGGUGAGAAGCUCGAGCGAGCAAUCCCCAACUAUCAGUCGUUCGUGGUCUCUAGGUUCGAUACGGAGAAGUGCAAGGAUAUGUUUGUGGAUGCAUCUUGGGAGACAUUCGCGAUUGCGUGGGUGAACGUGAGCAAGAUGCAGGGCCUCGGGAGAUCCCUCAACAGCCCCGCAGCCGGCGGCAACUUCGAACAGCAGCAUUCCUCGUGCAUCCUCGUCGCCAGCCGCGCCCUCAAAGCAGGGAAAACUUUCAUCAGCGUAGCCUCGACAGUGAAACUGAUUUUAGUGACUCUGCCCGCGACGGCCAGGUCUGAGCGCGUUCCCCUGAUCGACGCCCAGAUUGCUAAGGCCAAGGGCACUGACCUCCCUCGGAACCUGCAGGAUUUCCUGAGCCGUGAGAAAUUGAAGAUAAAAUCUGCAGAAUCGAAGAG